AUGGAUGGAAGGAACCGGACGGUUGCCACCGAGUUCAUCCUCAUGGGGUUUACCAAGCAUCUUCAGAUAAACGUCGUCCUCUUUGUUAUAUUUUCAUCCAUAUACUUGACAACAAUUGUUGGUAAUGGUCUCAUAAUUUGCAUCAUCUUCUUCCAGCAGCAUCUCCACACGCCAAUGUAUUAUUUUCUGUGUAAUUUAGCCUUUAUCGAUUUUUGUUAUUCGUCUUCUACCUUGCCCAGGUUGCUGGUGGACCUGUUUUCUGUUGUAAGGAGUAUUUCCCUGACAGCUUGUCUAACUCAAGUCUACGUCAGCUUGUUCUUAGGGGAAACGGAAUGUUUUCUUCUGGCGGUCAUGGCUUAUGAUCGCUAUGUAGCCAUCUGUCACCCCCUACACUACCCCCUUCUCAUGCACUGGGGUAUGUGCCAUCGGUUGACCACCUUCAGCUGGGUAGGAAGCUUCACAAUGUCCAUAGUUCCUUCGGUCAUAAAGCCGGCAGAAUUAUGUUACCCCAACCAGGUCAAUCACUUCAUGUGUGAGAUCAUAGCCAUGUUGAAGUUGGCGUGUAAUGACACACAUGACAGUGAGCUCAUGAUCUUUUUAUUCAGUUUUCUUUCCCUUCUUCUUCCUUUUUUGUUUAUUAUGGUGUCAUAUAUUUGCAUUUUACUCUCCAUAAUAAAGAUGAAGUCUACGGGAAGGUCUAAGGCCUUCUCCACUUGCACCUCACAUAUAACAGUGGUGGUUUUAUUCUACGGGACAGCCAUGUUUAUGUACUUUGGUCCUUCAUCACAGUACGCAUCCAAUCAAGCCAAAUACAUUUCUAUUUUUUAUGUCGCUAUCAUUCCAAUGUUGAAUCCUCUAAUCUACAGCCUUAAGAACAAAGAGGUUCUCACUGCAGUUUUAUCAAGGAGAAAGUAA